UCUCUCUCUCUCUCUCUCUCUCUCUCUCUGCAUUGGUGACAGUGAUAGCAGUGGUGAUAAUAACAGUGGAAACGGUGGUGAAUUUAACCAAUACAAACACAAAUACAAGACACAAACGAAAAAAAAAUAUAUAUAAAAAAACUGAAACAAACGAUAAAAAUACAAGAAAAAAGAAAGGAAAAAGAAAAUAAGAAAAAUAAAGUCACUAACUAACAAUAUUUCUUUGCAUAUAAUCACUAAACAAAUAAACAUGCGUACUUUAUAAAUCGUGGUCGCAAAAGUGGAGAAAAAAAACACAUGAAAGCUCCAGCGUGUUUACCUAUACGUUAAUUAGACAGUAACAGGUGUGAGUGUGACUGAUCGAUUGCAUUUAGAAAGGGAAAGCGCCAUAGCAUCGCGGUCAUAUGGCGCAGCAACAGGUGGCUAGGGAGGGGAGUGGGGUGUGGUGCAAGGGUGUGGAGUACAAACAGGUGUGUGUGAUACAAGAGACGGGGUCACACAGGGAAAGUAGUGGUUUGUACAGAUACGGGUUAGUGAAGAAUUCCAGAGACAGAAUCAAGAAGUAAAGGAUUAAAUAGUUGAAAAAAGAGAAAACGUGAAAUAGGAAAUACAGAACAAUAAAAAGGUAAAAUAAUAAAGGUUAAGAACAUAAAUAGAGAAAAAGGAAGUAAAGAAGCAAAAAUUAAUAAAACUCUUGAAAAAAGGAAAAAAAAAGGAAAUAGAAAAAAAUAUAGAACAAUAAAAAGGGAAAAAGAAAACACGUAAAGGAAAACACGUAAAGAGCAUAAACAGAGAAAAAGGGAAAAAAUAAGCAAGCAGUAACGAAACAAGGCAACAAACGUAGCAAGAAAUGUCGACACACGCAACCUAUAGACUAAAAUAAGCCUUGAGUCCUUAUAUCCGCUGGCCACACCUGAACCCUGACCACUGGACCCUUCACAACACACCUGCAGGCUAGAGUAACAGGCUUAGGUAUUAGGAUCACUACCACUGUCACCACCACCACCACCACCACCACCAAUAUGGCCGCCCUUUUCGAUGGAGAUAUGGCGGAGCUUUUCGUCAAAUAUCUCGAAGGCAGGAUGGUGGGCAUUGUGGUGCCAGAGUUGCCAAGUGGGGCUGAGGCAAUAGCAGAGCCUGAGGUGGGGGAGAGCAGCCCACCAACACACGCACUUCUCUAUCAGGGCGGUUCUGUCAGCCUCACCACAGCGUCAGCCUCCCAGUUAGCCUCCCGUGGGCUCGUACCUUACCCACAUGUCUACCUCACCACCGAGCAUGCCCUCACAGUCACCCGUGCCCUGGCAACACUACAUGCGCAUACUCUAAUAGACCGUAAGGCUGCAAAUGUGGAUACUCUUCAGGAAAAACCAGCUCUAAAUGCGCCAUCAUCAGAAACGUCCGAAGAGGAAAGUGAAGAUAAGCCAUCUAAUGUUGACAAGUGGACAGCCCAAAUUACACAGCUUGGGUUGGUUGACGCUAACUUGUCUGUGAUGGUGGACGCCCUGGGCAACACACAAGCCAACGAACGCACUGUCAGGAGGCUGGAGGCUCUGCGUGGAGACCUGCCAACACUAACACAGUUCCUCCAGUUUGCCUCCGUCAUGCAGACAACAAGAGUGCCGAGUGUGGGACCCGUCUGCAUUGGUGACGUGUGGGUGCCUGAGGUGGAGCCCGUGGAGGGUGAGGAGGUGGUGGCGAUACGGCUGAGAGGCGGGAAGGACCUCCAGGCUCCUCCACUAAGGGAUGCCGCCUGGUCCUGGCUCACGCUUCUGUCCGGCGAGACGCUGCGUGACCGGUACAUGGAACUCUGUGAUGACUACUGCAACGCCUUCAACAAAGCUCUUCUCAGACGUGAGGCAGCUGGAGGUUCAGUAGAGGAGCUUUCCUACUUUGAUGUCAUGAGGGAUUUAGGUGAAAAUUUCCUCCAUGCUUUCCUCACAGUAAUUCAUAAGUUUGUGGUGUCCGGGAAGUGGUUCUUUGACCGGCAGCUGCACACCAACGAGGGUUUGGUUGCACUGGUAGAUCUUGUUAGUUUUCUCGUCGAUAAUGGCAUUGUAGGCUCCAUAUUUGUUGUUUGAUAAUUUGCCACAUUUCCCUUAUCCUUCCUACCUCCCAUAUACCCAAUAAAACCCCUAACUUUUUCUCCCUUUCCUUCCUAUCUACCACAUACCCUAAAAAAAAAUCAUCUCCCUUUCCUACCUCCCUUAUAAUGGACAAAAACUCUCACUUCCUUUCCUUUCCCUUCCCACCUCCAACAUCUCACUAGUCCCACCAAACACCCUGCCCGUAUUCCCAGACACCCUCAUCCCACAGUGCUACCCACCUUUAGAUAUUAAUAACUCACAUUCCCCAAACUCUCAGCCCAAAUCAGACCAUUUUCUUUUCUCUCUCUUUUUUUUUUUCAAGCAAACAUAUCAUAGAUUAGUUCACAAGACUGACACUUAUUUUUUAGCACAACAUUUCCUUAGGUUGUAAGCUCCAUCUACCUAUCUUUAUCUUUAGUGUAGGUGGCCAUGGCAGAGAAGUCCCUAUCUUUUCCUGUGCAGUACUGGUAUUCUCUCAUCUUCCCCUUUUUUAUCCUCUCUCUAACAUUACACUAUUCAGUUUCAUAAUAGUACACACUCUGAGAUACUCAUUUAUUAUGCAAUACUCUCCCUAGAACAUACUAAUUAAAGAUGCAGCUCACAUGUAUAUCUCAAUGCCUUGAUAGAGUAGCUAAAAAUUUCUGGCUCUUCAUCUUUAGAAUCUAAGUAUUUUGAUGACAUUUUGCUUUUAGGCGUAUGACAAAAAAUGCAUAAAUUAAGCAUAAAACUGACUGCAUAAUAACCACACACACACACACACACACACACACACACACACACACACACACAUCAUAGGAGAAUGUGUACUACUCCAUCCUUCCUUCAUUCCUCACCAACACACACACAACUCCCACAGUAUCAGUCCAGCAGUAUUGCCCGGGUGCCACAGUCAUUGUCAAUGUCGUGUACCGUUGUGUCAGGCUGAACCUUGUACAUAGACAGCCACCUUACAGUAUUAGUUGUUAUUCUUUCGGAGGGCAAUAAUCUCCUGUUGUUGGUUCCGAGAUCAAAAUGUAACCAUCCAAAAUAGUAGAGAAUGCUACCUGAAGUGUUUUGAACCCCUCUCAGAUUCACUAAUUCAAACCCCACAUGCAUAGUUUGUAGGAGGAGAGCUAAACCCAACGCUGCCAUUAAAACCACUGCAGCCAGCCAAACUAUGCACGCGGAAUUUGAAUUGGUGAAUCCAUGAGGAGAUUCAAAACACUUCAGGUAACAUUCUCUACCAUUUCGAUUGUUACAAAAAAUGCAUGUCAAAUAUUCUUACCAAGCUCUACAUUAAAAAGUCUGAUGUGUUUAUCUUGCACAGACUCUUAAAUUUUAUCCCAAUUUUACCGAGUUUUCUUGAUGUAAUUGCUAUAUGAGCUCUGUUAAAAUACUUGUCUAAUUGUAUUAUGGAACAUUUGGUGCAUUACAGCUUCCCACUGAGCUUAGAAAUACAAGACAGCAUUAUUUUGUGGUAAUUUCUAUUGUUUGUGUUUUGUGUUUGUGUUUUUUUUUUUAGUCUACGUCUCUACAAUUAAGAAAACUGCAUUAGGAUUGGCAGUAUUCUCAACAUGAAUUUCCUACUAAUGUGUGUAUUUGUAUUCAGUUUUGUGUAUAUUUUCUGUUCCUUGCUUCUAACAAAGCUUGGAUUAGUAGUAUUCUCGGCAUUUAUCUCGUGUGUGUGUGUGUGUGUGUGUGUGUGUGUGUGUGUGUGUGUGUGUGUGUGUGUGUGUGUGUGUGUGUGUGUGUGUGUGUGUGUGUGUGUGUGUGUGUGUGUGUGUGGGAUGGGUAACAUGGAUUUUUCUCAUUCCUUGCCUAUAAAAAAUGGUAUUCUGUGUUUGUAUUUAUGUUUACUCAGCACUGAAUUCUUGAAAAAUGUGUGUGUGUGUGUGUGUGUGUGUGUGUGUGUGUGUGUGUGUGUGUGUGUGUGUGUGUGUGUGUGUGUGUGUGAGACAGUUCUCUAAUCCCAGUAGGUCACACAUACAAGUAUUACACACAAGCAAUGCCAUUAAUUAAAAGGCUGUACAUACUCGUAUACAGAACUUGCAUAAUGAGAAGACUGUUACUAUUCAGUGAUGUCAAUAGAUAAACAAACCACAAAGCAUCCUUCAUUCCUUCACAUCAUCUCAUCAUCCACCCUUUAGCAUUAGUUCAAAAGAAUCAAUGGUAAAACUGGACUUAGUUUCCACACCCUUUCUUUCUUUUAUCAUUCCCUUUUCAUUUUCCCUUCUUCCAUGUCCCCCAUUUCAGUUCCCAUCUCCAAGCAGAGGCUGUCCUUAAUCUGGCCACCCUGACAGCUUCAGACACAUAAUAGGAACCCAUAAUUGCCUGCUGCUUAGAUAUAUGACUAGUAUAUUCCUAAAUGCAGCUUGUGAUAAGAUAUUCUAUGCACGCAUCUAUGUAGGCAGUGCAUCUCUGGGGCUGGAGGCUCUUGUGUAUCAACUGAAAUGAAUGUUGUACUGAUGGAAUAAUCAAUGAGUCUAUAUACAGUUUAUCGAAAAGGUAAAUGUAUUCAUAUCAAUGAUAAACUGUUAUGAAAUUUAGAAAUAGUGAUAUAUAAACUAUUUCCAACCAUUUUUUAAUUAUGCCAUCCCCAAAAAUGAAUUCCAACUAACUAUGGACUUCAAUUUUUCCCUCUUUCUUAUACAUAUAUAUAGAUAAUAAUUAUGCACAUUUUCAAAUCUAUGGUACCAGUGAAAUUUACAACACAAUUCCACACCACUAUCUGUAACAUACUAUGAACACCUAACACCUAGCAAGCCCCAGGGAACCUAUUACUUGAAAGCUUUCUGCACACAAGUUCUGUGCAUAGGGAAUGGUGCUGGGACACUCGGCAUGAUACGGCUAAGAGUACGCGCUAUCCUUGUCUCGUCAUGCAUUCUUUAACCUUAAGCAAGCCUACAUACUUAAGCAUUAGCUGUAGUGUUACUUCAAAGAGCUAUUCAUCUUAACAAUGUGAUAUCAAUGCCUCUAUAGUUGUAAUUUGAAUCUCUUUUGGGGUUUGCUUUUAAAGAGUCACCCUUAUAUCACUCACACAUGAAAACAAUAAAUGAGUUUCUUUCUUUUUCUUUUCAAGUAACAUAUAUUUCAUUGUUCUAUCCAUAAUUACUCCUCAAAUUAUUUCUAUUACAAGAAUGAGUUUGAUUUUACCUGACUAUAUUAUCAAGUUAAAAAAGAUACACAUUACUUCACUACCCAUAAAAAAAAAAACCAUACCAAUUUGUUUGCCUGAGUGAGACAGGGAUGAUUCUAUAAAUGUGCACCCUUUUUUAUUGUACAGAUGAAAUGCUAAUUCUCUCAAGCAACAAUGAUAAACAACUUCUGUCCUUAUAAUAUACUGAAAUAAGAUACGUAUUUGUAAGGCACCUCAGCAUGAAUGUAUGUAAAGGCUGUCACUUGUUAUUCCUGCUGCUGCUACUGUUCCUGUGACAGAAGGUCGCUCACAGCAAUAACAGUGACGCAGAAUUAUAACAAUAGUCCAUGAGAAAAUAAUAAAUAAAAAUAAAACUGAAAAUAUA